AAGCUGUUGCCUUCUUUACUCCGAAGAAGCCUGCAGAGCCUCGCAAGGAUCUCUUUCGGCUCCGCUUCUAUUCUGGACCUUCUAUAACUCCACAGGCAACUCCUCUCUUUGGACCAGACGAGAAGUUGGAGGCAGCCUCGUCGAUUAAAUCGAAUAUACCUGCAGAGUGUCAAAGCCUAAGAACCUCAGCAGCCCCAAAAAAGUGACAUCGCUGCUGCCAGAGACUGAAUCUGAAACGUGCCUAACAUGCACGUACUUCUAGGGCUCUGAAAUUUGCUCGGAGGAUCAGCUAAGGGUUGAAGAUUUCAGAAAAAAUUGGCAUCCUAUCCACUGGUCAAAUAAAGUCAAGAGUUCAAAAUUACAAUGACAGAGCAAGAGCAAGAAUGGGAAAAUUUAAACAAGUUAUUAAGACAACAUGGCUUAAGACCUGUGUGCCUUGAUACGCCUGGAACCUGCGGAAAUGUGCCAGAUGCAGAGAAAAUUGUUAUGGACAAGCAGUCUUCUGAAGCAAUACAGCAUGCACUGAAAACAUUACUGGAAGAGACAGAGCGUCAACGGAAAAUUAUUCGUGACUUGAUAGAAGACAAUCACCAGCUUAGAGAUGAAUUACGCUUGGAGAGAGGUCGGGCUUCCCGACAGGAACAACGAGCGAAUGAUUUGGACGUUAUUGUGGAAAAUGUCAAACAUAAAAUACGUCAACUAGAAGACGAGUCAAUAGCCAAUGCUUCUCAGCAACAUAACCAAAUCAGAGAUCUUCAAAAAGAUCAUGAAAUUUCACAGGCAGUGUACCGGCACCAAGCGAAGCAGUUGGAGGAGCAAGAAGGGACGAUUGACCAUUUAGAAAAGGAGCUUUCCAAGUUGGGUCUGGAAGAGCAGCAGCGUAUCGCCACUCAGAAAAAAGUGUUCCGUCAGUUUUGCAAGCAGGCUCCAAGAACUCACAUAGAUCAGCAUCUUUCCAGACACAGAUAAUUGAAACAAAAGCUCGAAAUGAACAACUUGUGCAUGAAAAUAUUAAUCUCAAGAAAGAGAUGGAAAUUAGGCCAACUGUGCAAGAAUUAAAAUUUUAUAAACACCAAGUGAAGAAGCUGGAGAAAAUAUUGAAGAACAUCAAAUCACUUGAGAGCAGCAAAGAAGAAAAUAUGAAAGAAAACAAAGAACUUACAAAAGAUUUGGGAGGAAGCCAGCUGCAGGAAGUUUGCAGAAGAUAUUUACAGGUAUUGUCCAGCAUUGACUCGAUCAUCAGAAGCCCAAGAAGAGCUCCUCUAAUAACACUUAUGCAAAAAAAGGACCUUGGGAAAAGCUGGGCUGAGGAGGAACGUGGAUUUGAGCAUCUCCCUGCUGUGAUUGAAACCUGGGCUGACCAGCUAAUGGCCCUGAAGAUCUUGCACUACUCCCUGAAAAAGCUAUUGCUGCGGUUAGUUCCUAGGCAUUCCAAAGCUAUGCAGGACACUAAUGAAUAUAUUAGAGUUGAGGAUCUUCAGCAAAUAGUGGAGGAAAUCUCUGAAGAAGUAGGCAAUGAAGAAAAGAAAAGUCUGAUUCCUUCACAACAAAUCCUGUAUGCCAUUGUCUGUCAUUUUCAAAAACUAUUUGAUGUGAAGACUCUAAGUGGCGUUUACCCUCGAAUGAACGAGGUAUAUACAAAACUUGGUGAAAUGAUCAACGCUAUGAGGAACCUCUGUGACCUCUUAGAACUAGAUUGCUCAGCACCACCUAGUGUCCUGGUGAACACUGUUGGAAAGCUAUGCAAUUUGUUUAAUGAGAAUGUGGCCUGGCAGGUGGAACAACUGCUGGGUACACAGGACAUCGAAAGCAUUAUCUUUAAAUUAGAAGAACAUGAUGACUUUUUCCCAGCAUUUCAUGCUCUUAUUAACAACUUGCUUCGUGUUCUAGAAGUCAGAAGUCUCACAGAAAUAUUACCUGCUGUACAGAAGCUGAAAUGGAUGGUCCAAUAAUGUAAACUAAAUGUAAAUCUUUUAACAUAUUGACUACCUCUUAUGUAUUUUUGAAUAUUUUUUUAUUAAAAAUGUCUGAAUGGAAUCAAAAAU